ACAUAUUUAUUUUUAAUUUUGAUCGAGCAUAACUUGUAUAGCUGUUGUCCGGUUUAAAAAGAAAUCCCACAUAAAGGUUGUAAAAAGAAAAUCCACGUUACGUAAAGCCACAACAUGUAUUAAAUAUGACAAUAUAGGGGAUCCGUGAAUGGGAUUCGUUAACCUGUUAAGCAUAAAGGGCUUAGCUGUGCCGCAAACCUUUUACUUUAGUUAUUUUUAUUGUUUUAGUGUGGCUUACGACGUAGACAACCCAUUAGUGACCUCUGGGCUGGAACAUUUGCUCUACGUGUCCUGCCGAAAGGCACGUACGACCACAGAACUACAACGUUGAAAUAUUAAGCAGCGCUAUCGUAUACUGGUUAAAAUAUUCAAAAUAACAGUGAGACAGUUCGUCAUGUGGCGGAAAUAAUGUCAGUUUGUCAGGAAACAAAAACAAUAACAUAAACGUUUAUCAAGACAGCUAAUAAUCAUUGAAUAUACACAGCGUAAGAAAGGCGAACCGAUAUAGACUGAAUAAUCAGGUUCAGGCAUAUAUAUAUAUCCAGUAUACCCAGUUCUAUACGGUUUAAAUAUGUUUUUAUUUGAGUAGGUUAAAAUAAAAUCUAUGGUGUUAUUCUUUUACAGUUCUAAAUAAUGAAGAUUAUUGUUGCUGGGUGCGUAAAAACGGGCACGAAAAGUUUAGCUGAAGCAUUAACUAAACUGGACUACAACGUAUAUGAUAACUUAGAGCAUUUCUGGUACCAUGGCGAGCAGUGGGAAAGAUUCUUCGACGGUAAAGGUAAAGUAGAAGAUUUCCGUCAGAUGUACGAAGACGUGGACGUUGUGUGUGAUGGACCAAUUUCUUUCUUUUGGGAGGAAAUUUUCUCAGUCUACCCAGAUGCAAAGAUCAUUCUCACGGUCCGUGAUGACGAAGACCAAUGGUAUGAAAGUAGAAGAAGACAUGUUAUACGGCAGAGUACGAACAUAACAUGGAAGCUUAUCCAUCUGUUUUCACCGAACGGAAGAAGGUUUCAUCGUUACAGGAGAACCUUAUACCGUAAGUUAUACGGCGGGAAUCUGACAUAUUUGCUGUCAAAUACAGUUCUAAAUGAGAUCGUUACUCGAAGGUAUUACCGUCAACAAAUUGCUUAUGUCCCACAGAAUGUCCCCAAGGAACAGCUGUUAAUUUACAACGUGAAAGAAGGCUGGGGACCUUUAUGCGAAUUCCUGGGCGUGGAAAUCCCAGACGAGCCGUUUCCCCAUAAGAACAAACUGGGAGAGGCAUACGAAGCUUUCUUGAAGGAAAGCCCGAAAGCUCAACGAAUGCAGAAGGAAAUGUAUAUCUCCGUUUCUGUUCUUUUAACGCUCACAGCUGUGGUUGGUUCAUUUGCAUUGGCUCGAGUAUUUAGAUAA